AUGUAUUUGGGAGAUAAUCACGUUCUGUUGAAUACCUUGUGCUGGUGCUGCCAUCGAAAAAUCUGGUUACAGUCUGGGAAGGCCUGCUACGGUUGCAGGACUGAACCACCUCGGCCCUGAGAUGAGUGUCCCAACAGCGCAGGCGCACCAUGAAUAGAUAUACAACGAUCAAGCAGCUUGGGGAUGGGACCUAUGGUUCUGUCCUGCUGGGAAGAAGCAUUGAGUCUGGAGAACUGAUUGCCAUUAAAAAAAUGAAAAGAAAGUUUUACUCCUGGGAAGAAUGCAUGAACCUGCGAGAGGUUAAGUCUUUGAAGAAGCUCAAUCAUGCCAACAUAGUAAAGUUAAAAGAGGUUAUCAGGGAAAACGACCAUCUCUAUUUUAUCUUCGAGUACAUGAAGGAAAACCUUUACCAGCUCAUUAAAGAAAGAAAUAAGUUGUUUCCAGAGUCUUCUAUAAGGAAUAUAAUGUAUCAGAUUCUGCAGGGACUGGCAUUCAUUCACAAGCAUGGCUUCUUCCACCGGGACUUAAAACCAGAGAACCUUCUCUGCAUGGGACCGGAACUUGUGAAAAUUGCAGACUUUGGAUUGGCCCGAGAAAUCCGAUCAAGACCUCCAUAUACAGACUAUGUGUCUACUAGAUGGUACAGGGCUCCGGAAGUGCUCCUGAGAUCUACCAACUACAGCUCCCCCAUUGACAUCUGGGCCGUGGGCUGCAUCAUGGCAGAGGUGUACACCCUCCGGCCUCUUUUCCCUGGGGCCAGUGAAAUUGACACGAUUUUCAAAAUUUGCCAAGUGUUGGGAACACCAAAGAAGACUGACUGGCCCGAAGGCUACCAGCUGUCGAGCGCUAUGAACUUCCUCUGGCCCCAGUGCAUACCCAAUAACUUAAAGACUCUAAUUCCAAAUGCUAGCAGUGAGGCAAUUCAGCUCCUGAGGGACAUGCUUCAGUGGGAUCCCAAGAAACGACCAACCGCCAGUCAGGCACUUCGCUAUCCUUACUUCCAGAUUGGACACCCGCUGGGCAUCAUCACACAGGAUUCAGGAAAACCACAGAAAGAUGUCCAAGACAAGACAGGCCCCACUCCUUACAUCAAGCCAGCCCCCCCUGCCCAGCCUCCGACCAAGGCACACACACUGAUUUCUUCACGACCAAACCAAGCCGGUCAGCCCCCUCAGCAUUUUGUGCACCCUUACAAAGGCGAAGCCCCCAGGGCAGACCAUCUCCAGGAGGGCAAGCCAAGCCCACCGUUCUUCCCGUCCCUCCACAAUAAGAAUCUUCAGCCAAAAAUCCCAGCAGGCCUGGAACACAAAAAUGGUGAAAUGAAGCCAAAGAGCAGGAGAAGGUGGGGUCUUAUUUCCAGGUCAACAAAGGGCUCUGACGAUUGGGCCGAUUUGGAUGACUUAGAUUUUAGUCCCUCUCUCACCAGGAUAGAUGUGAAAAACAAGAGGAGACAGAGCGAUGACACCCUCUGCAGGUUUGAAAGUGUUUUGGACCUGAAGCCAUCUGAGCCGGUGGGCACGGGAACCAGUGUCUCCACCCAGGCCUCCUCCCAGAGGAGAGACACGCCGACCCUGCGCUCGGCAGCAAAGCAGCACUACCUGAAGCAUUCUCGCUACUUGCCUGGAAUAAAUGUAAGAAAUGGCGUGCUCCCACAUCCAGGCAAGGACUUUCUUCCAUCAAAUUCAUGGUCCAGUUCUGGUCUGUCUGGAAAGUCUUCAGGAACAGUGUCAGUAGUGAGCAAAAUAACCCCAGUUGGCUCGGGUUCUACAAGUUCUAGUGGACUGACCAGCAGUUACAUCCCUUCUUUCCUGAAGAAAGAAAUCGGUUCUGUUAUGCAGAGGGUCCACCUGGCGCCUCUCGCAGACCCCUCCCCUGGCUACUCUUCCCUGAAGGCCGUGAGACCUCACCCCGGGCGUCCUUUCUUCCACACCCAGCCUAGGAGCACCCCCGGGUUGGUCCCAAGACCUCCAGCCGCCCAGCCUGUGCAUGGCAGGAUAGACUGGUCUUCCAAGUACCCGUCUCGUCGGUGACUGUCCCAGCCAGGAGGCCAUUCUCCCGCAGCCGACUCGCAGCUGACUCCACUGUACUUGCAGGACCACGUGACGCUGUAAACGCACCCACACUUACAGCUGUUCUGAACUAACGCAUUUCAAUAUUUCUUUUUAAUUUUUUUAAAAUGUUGAUUUGAACGCAAUACCGUCUUUUUGUAUAAAAUUAUUUUGUUCUAAAACUGGGUCUCAUUAUUUUCUUAAACAACAGCGUUUUGUAUAUAUGGAUUAUGUUUUAGCAUUUUAUACAGUCAACUUUGUAAUGAACUUUUUAAAGAUUAUGUGUCUUUUGUUUGUUGUCCCACAUAAUAUUUUAUACAGAUUUUGAAAUAUGUAAUAAUAUUGACGCAGUAUUGUGACAGGGUGCAUUUUAAGGCAGUGGGAUAAGGGAUUACUUACUCAAUGUAUGCGGUUAUCGUGACAUAGCUACAUUUAAGCGUGGCGCAUUCGGUACAUUAGGCUUUCUUGGACUGAUCUUAGAAAGAGGCCCACCCACUGCUUUUCUUAACAGCUUAUAUUGGUGGUUCUGGGGGCAGAAGUUCUUUUGUUGUUGUUUUGAGACACGGUCUUAUGCAGCCCCGGCUUGCCUACCACUCACUAUGUAGCUGAGGAUAGCUUUGAACUUCUGAUCUUCAUGUCUCUGUUUUCCUGAGUGCUGGGAUUGCAGGUGUGUGUUGCUGCGCUUGGCUUUAACCCAGGGCUUUGUACAUCCUAAUGGCCCUAAUUUUAUCCUCUUUACGACUGUUCUGUCCUAAACUCUCACUUUAUUUUGAAUCUUUUCACUUUAUUUUUGCCCUCAGAACAAAGAAGUUUUCAUAAGUAGUUUUUGAAAUUUUAUAACACUCAUAAAUACAGUUGCAAAUGUCCAGAUAAAACCAAGCAUAGGUUUGCUAAACUAUUGCAGUUUUACUUUUUUCCUUUUUGAUGGACAAGGUUGCUCACUAUUAGUUGCAAUUCCUGCUGGCCUCCAACUUCAGCAGUGCUCGCCUGGGGGUGGAAUGAAGGGCUGAGCAGUGACAGACAGCUCUCUGCUGGGCACUGAGGAACAUGGCAGGAGCUGUGGUCACCUGCUGUUCAGGUGAGCUUUUCUUGUUUCCCUGGGUCCUACCAGCCAGGAUCGACCGACCUACCUACCUACCACCCACAGGACUGCCAGCAAGCCUUCCUCAGCUGGCCAUGCCCAACUUAGCCACAGCAGACUAAAGAUGCAGAAAACAGCACUUGGCUAAAAAUCAGCUGAGCCACGGAGGCAGGCAGGGUAGGAAGGUUUUGGCCUAUUGCCUCUGCCCCUCCCCACCCCCCACCCCCCAUAGCCAGAGCGGAGGCUCCCUCCCACCAAUACUCUCCAUACUUUUUUCUAUUUAAAAAAAAAAAAAAUCCAGGCUGGAGAGAUGACUCGGCCAUUCUUGUUCCAAGGGAUCCGAUGCCCUUUUCUGACCUCUGUGGGCACCUGCAUUUGUGUGUAGAUACCCACCCACUGACACAAACACAUACGUGUAAAAAUUUUUAUAAAAAUCCCUUAAAAGGGAAGCUUUUUUUUUAAUGUCAAAAGUACCUUUUUUAUUAUAAUUUUUCAUUGUUUUAAUGUGAAGUUUUCUUAACCUAUGUUCAUACUAUCAGACUUAUAUCCCUGCCAAAAUGAAUGACCGGAAGAGCCAACUGUCUUUUCUAUGUAGACCUAUCUGUCCUGGAACUCACUCAGUAGACUAGGCUGGCCUUGAACUCAGAGAUCUACGUGCCUCUGCCUUCUGAGAGCAGGGAUUAAAGGCGCACACCGCCACACCUGCUGACUUUUUUUUUUUUCCCCAACUGAGUGAAUGUCGUAUUCGGCUCAGCUUUCCACACCUGACUAGGAGCCGCUCGCAAACUACCUGAGCCAACUUCUUGGGACAAUUUCAGGAGCGGGAAAGACUUAGGGGAGGAUUUAAACUUACCCAAGAGAUCACAGUUGCCAGGAUGUCAUGUCCAGACUGUGCCACAUCUCAACCCUCACCCUGCCUCGUGUGGUGUCUUUCGAGGUUGAGACCUCUAUUGGGCAGAGGCUGUUCCAUUGAGAGGAAUGUUUACAGCAAUUUUGCAAAUGACAAAGCUAGCGUGGAGACAGGGAGUUGCAGAGGGCCCGCUUGACUCCAACUCUGUGUUGCGCAUCUGCCUCCCUUCAUGCUCACCCUUCAGGCGAAAGGAAGGGCGACCACCAUGACUGCAAUAGUCAACCUCAGCGCCGUAGUGACUCACGUUCUCCCAGGGCCCAAACCACUCUUUCGGUUACAGUUUCCAAAAAUACAGUAAAGCAAACCAUAGAAAUGUUCAUUUUUAUAGGUUGAAAUGGUAGGGUAAGGUGAAUGCAAAUAUUCCUGUAUGGUUCAUCCUGUUAAGCUGAUAAAUGAUUGAUUGCUUUGAUGUAUUAAUAAUGACUUCCAAGGGCUCUGUCUGCUCUAAAAUCAGAAAGUAAUUUAUGCUUUGGAGAAUCUUGACUCAAAAAUACACUUGACUGAGCACUUUGAUUUUGAGGGGCACGAAGAAAGCACAUAACGGGCACAGGUUUGCUAGGGGACGUUCCCUGUUAACAAGCUGGCAGCAGAACUUUAGAAAAUGUAUAUGCAAGCACAACUUGAAACCUUUUGUUUCUGUAUUAUAUUCUAAACCAACAAAUUUGUAUGUUCAGAAAUGAGUCCUUUACUGUGAGGUUAAUAUUUAUUUUCUCUCUUCUGUAUUAUGUAUAAAAAGUAAUCUCAGAUCCUGUUCACCUAGAUGGAAAACUGGUUUUAAAUUGUAGAUACCACUUAGAUAUGCAAAUAAAUCACUGACAGCACAUUCUUUGUAAUCUAGCUAGUAUUCAGUAAGGUCAUUACGUUCUUUUUUAGUUGACUGACUCCUCUCUACCUGGUUGUUCAGCAUUAUGAAAUUGUUUUUUAAGGCUUUGCAGCCAGCCCUCUCUUCGUUUCCUUUCUUUAGCUGGCAAACAGCUUCCCUCGGGAAGUUAAGUGUAGUGUACUCGUUUACAUGAAAGAAGUGGCUAGGCAGCUGAGAAAACUAGCUGACUGAAAAACCAGGUUCUAAAGAACUAGCAAAAACCUCAGAAGUACUCUACCCUCAUCAAAAUAGGUAAAGGAGAAAUUGUAUACAUGCUUUGUAAUAUGGAAGGAAAUACACCCUUUUAAACAAUGAUAGUCAAAUUUGCCUGUUGCCUAUAUUUUUAGCCACUAUAGAAUUAUGAAAUGAAAAGCAGAACGCUGACAGGAGUGAUGGGUUUGACUGCCUGUUCCUAGCCAUGAGUAUAUCUCAUUUACAAUCACAAAGCUUUUCUGGGGCUGGAGAGUGGUUCAGAAGCUAAGAGCACCAGCUGUUCUUCCAGAGGACCCAGGUUCAAUUCCCAGCACUCACAAGGCAGAUCACAACCACCUGUAACUCCAGUUCCAAGGACUCUGCCCUCUUCUGAAGGCAUCAGGCACACACUUGGUACACAGAUAAGGCAGACAAAACUCCCGUAGAGAUAAAACUUACAAUUAAAUUAAGCAAUUUUUAAAUAAAUGGGAUUUAUUAUGAAAAAGACAAAAACAGUGCUCCUGCAAGUCAAGAACUGGUACAGAAUGGGGCCUGUUGGUGGCAGGAAAGCUAUGGUGCUGGGGUUUACCUCACAGAAACAAGGGAAACUUCAUUUGCAUGAGAGCUGCCAUUCAUAGCAUCGUUUUCUUUAGGAUAAGUCCUGUCAGUUACCAAGUGUAGAAAACAGAUCCUAAAACAGUGCUUCAGGCGCAGGGCUUGCCUAAGGACCACAUACAUCUGAAUCAGUGACACUGUCGUGUUGCGGAGCUAGCAAGGCCUGACUACCUGAAGGCAAACAAAAAACUCUUUCACUUCCAGUUCCAAGUUUAAGUACUGUUGGAGUUGAUGGGCACUCUAUUUUCCUAGGAAGUCACGUUACCAUAACAUCAAGCCAUUGCCUUGUGCCAAUGGGGGGGAGGGGAGGAUGGGUAACACAGGCUUCCAACCCACUGUCUGACCAGAAGCAAUAUGAGAGAACAUUUGACCUGCUCACUGUUUUAUGUUGUCCUGAGCAUACUGUAGCGAUAUGUUUGUUUAAUAAAUUGGGUAGAAUUUUUUUUAGAAUUAUUUUUACAGUUUCCAGCUUAAUGUACUCUACAUUUGUAUAAUUUAUUGUAAUGACCUGUUUAUGUAAAUUAUCAAGACAAAAUAGGGGCAUGUAGCAUAUUGGUUAGUCCUUAAACACUGAUAAUGUGGCUUGAACACACCCUGGAUGGUCUUCUGAGCUCCCAUCUCUCAGUACAGAAUGCAGUUCAAUUCCGCCGAUUUUAUUACAAAGCCAUCUUCAUAUCUUCCCAUCUCUAGAAGGCCAAGGACGGGAAGUAAAGAGAGACCCUUCUGAAAUACGUUACUUUUUGAAUGAUUUAUCCUGAGAUGUUUGACGGUUGUUAACACUAUGGAUGGAAACUUCUGCUCCAAAUAAAGUUACCAUUUAAGAAAAA